UACUCAUUUCCAUUGAGCGCUCCAAACCAACAAAACUGCUCUAUCCAUCCAAUCCAUUCCUAAUUCCUCCAUCUCCUCCUUGCCUUGUAAUACCAUCCAACUCACUCUCUGUUAGUGUUAGGUGUGUAAUGGUAAUGGCUUCUAUUUCAGCUACUUCCCUCAGAUUCUGCAUGCCUCUCAACCAACCUACCAAGAUGAACCACAACCAGCUUCUCAGAACAAGCUCCAUUGGCCGGGGAUUGCUCAACAAUAAUGCUUUCCACCUUCGUGUCUCUUGUGCGGCCAAACCAGAGACAGUGGAUAAAGUGUGUUCAAUUGUGAGGAAACAAUUGGCUUUGCCUGAAUCCUCAGAGCUCACCCCUGAAUCCAAGUUCGCAGCUCUUGGUGCUGACUCCCUCGACACAGUGGAGAUUAUUAUGACCUUAGAGGAAGAAUUUAGCAUCAACAUCGAAGAGGAUAACGCUCAGAACAUAACCACAGUGCAAGAAGCUGCCGAUUUGAUUGAGGACCUUGUUGUUAAACAGCAAUCUUAAAUCACUAUAGGCUUUUAGUAUGUUAAAGUUGUAUUAUUCCAAGAGGCAGAUGAUAAGAAGAGUUUAGUAGGUUAGGAUGUUCUUUUUUCCUCAAAUGUUUUUCUUGAGCAAAUUAAUGUGCUUCUACUCCAACUUAUAAGUUACAAAUUUAUAAUCCAAUAUGAAUGUUUUCUGCUCUCUAAACGGGGAGAGGAUCGAUCAGUCUA